CAUGUCUGAUGUUGCAAACUCGCAAACUCUUUCUCUCUCACCCGGUGUAUAUCUGGUAUCAUCUGAUCUGAACCUGAUGCUGAGUCUUUGUGGAUUCAUCGUGUUACGAAUUUCAAUCGAACUUGAAUGAUUGUUUAAAGAGCUUGUUGAUAAUCGAAUACCCCCUUUAGGUUUUGUCUCGGUCGCGCGAUCGCGAUUCGCGAGUGAGUCAGUUUUGGUGGGGACUAGAGUGUGAAGUCCUUUCACACGUCACCAGGCCGCAACAUAACACUGUGUGGAAAGUGGGUGGUGCGAUGCGGAUCAAUUAGCAUUCUCGUCCUUUGGCGGUUUCAAGCUCCGAUUCGCGUGUGUUUGUAUGCGUUGGUAUGUUGUGAGUGCAAGAGGCAUGUGGAAAGCUAAUUUGUGGUGAACGAAGCACAACCAAGAAAAAAGCACGACAAUCUUUGUGAAGCGAGGAUAGUCAGAAUUCCUUUGAUCCUUUUGAGUACCACCGUUAGCUUGGAAAGUGAGGAAAACAGCGUGGCACGUGUUGUGAAGCCUCAAGGGCACAGGGUUCGAAUCCUAUCAGGACGAUUAAAGUGUGUGCUGUUGAGGAAAAGUGGGUUUCAAGUGGUUCUACCGAAGAUAUUCAUCGCGAAGCGAACGACCCCAGGCCAAUGUCGGUGCAAAAUCAGCGGAAAUAAGCCGAGCAAAAAGUGUGUAUUAUCAGAGCAACCUACCGGCAGCAUUCGACGAUAUCGCUGAUGAUAGCACAAAUAUCGGUCAUCCACGCCGUACAUGAUGUACUGUUGUUAAUUUAAUUUACUCCACCGUUGGCUUUCGUGUCAUCCGCCGUAUUGUCCGUGUUCGUCAGCAGCCGUCGUUGACCCGCGCGUGCCCCGUUGAGAACAAAGCGAAAAGAUAAAUAACGAAUAAUUAACGAGGGCCAGUUUAAGGUUAUGCAAUAUCGGAGGAACGUUCUCCCGGUUGGAUGAGCUUCUGUACUACAGCCUCAGCCCUAUCGACACCAGCUAGGAGGAGGACGACGACGACGACGACGACGCCGUCAAUGAGAGCCAGGAAAAAAGUGCAGAUUGCUAGCUGCCGUCGGUGCUGCUCCAAACAAACCUUUAGCUGCGAGCCAAAGUGAAGAAGCUCGUGAAGUGGCUCGACAGCCCCCAAGUGGUAGAGCGGUCGCUGCGCGCUUGUGUCAAUAUUAUAUCACCCCCUCCCAGUGAACACUUCGCUAGCCGAGAGAGAGCAGAGCCGAGCGCGCGCGCGCAAGUGGCAACCUAGCAGAAGAGAGCCCCAACCUCUGAGCGCCGCCAGCGAGCGAGCGUGUUGAUGUUUAGCAUUAAUUUAUUUGGUUUUUAGUUGCCUUUUUGUCUUGUUGCCUAUCGGAGGCAGCGUGACGACGAGCUACGCGAUCGUGCGAUUCACACUUUUUCUUGCAAGGCGCGAGUUGGCGACCGAUUUUUUUUUUCUUAUUUCCCGUGCGGUUUGUUUACGUUCCGUCCCAGGAGCAACGACGUGAGAAGAGGAGCAAAGUGUGUUUAUGCUACCUGUUGGGUUUGAUAGUGUUUCCCUAGUUCGAUUCAUGAUUGAUAGUGAUACCAAGUGAGAAUAAGAAGAAGCAUAUUUUGUUGUUGUUGGAAUUAUUAAGUGGAGUUUGUUAGUGUGAAGAAGUUCGAAGAAGCGCAUAUCGAAGAUGCAGCACCAUCCCGGUUCCUGGUAUAUACCGUGGGGUGUCCCGGGGAUGGGCCUCCAGAAGAUGUUGGCGGUUCCGUUCAAUCCGGCUACGGCCGGUUACCAUCAGCCUCAGAUUGCGGCAGCAGCGGUUCAACCGCCGCCGCAGGUUCAGACCGCCGGUCAACAGCAGGUCAGCCAACAGGCUGCAUCCUACCAUCAUCAGCACCAGCUGCAUCAGCAUCAUCCGGCUGCGGCCCUACACAAUCCGGCUGCGGCAGUCGCAGCCGCUGCUGCCAUGCAGCAUCAAUCGUUGCAUUCGGCGGCUGCUGCCGCCAUGUUUACUCCGUUGAAUCUGCGUAGCUUUAUGGCCCACCAUCCGGCGGCCCAUCUGAACCUCGGUCAGCAACCGAUUGCGGCCGCUCAGCAACCACAGCAUACGUCCUCGUCGAUCCCCGGUUCGCCCCAGACGCAGUCACAGCAGUUGACCGCGCUCGGUUUGAAUGGGGCCAUUGGGGCCAUGGUGCCAAUGCGGCAACAGCAACCGACACAACAGCAGUCGGGAAUGCCACAGCAACAGCAGCAGCAACAGCAGCUGAAGACGCCCACCAACAUGUCGACCAAUACGCUCAUCAUGCCGAUGAGAAAGAUCAUCAUGUCCGAGAAGGACAAAACCAAGUUGGCCUCCACGGAGAAGCGGAAAGCCGACGAAUGCGAACCCGUUAAGGAUCUCAAGAAGGCGAAGCUGGAAACCAAAGCACUGAAAGCCAAGCGGCCUGGCUUUACGGACGAACGGUACCACGAGACGUCCUACUACAUUGAAAAUGGCCUACGGAAGGUGUACCCGUACUACUUCACCUUCACCACGUUCACCAAGGGGCGCUGGGUGGGCGAGAAGAUCCUGGAUGUGUUCGCCCGCGAGUUCCGGGCCCACCCGGCCGAGGAGUACGAACGGUGCAUCAAGGCCGGAACGCUGACGGUCAACUACGAAAAAGUGCCAACAGACUAUAGGUUAAAGCAUAACGAUCUCCUGGCGAACAUCGUGCACAGACAUGAAGUUCCAGUUACUAGUCAACCAAUCACAAUAGUGCACAUGGACGACGAUAUUGUGGUUGUGAACAAACCGGCAUCUAUACCAGUCCAUCCGUGUGGCCGUUACCGUCACAAUACGGUCGUGUUCAUCCUGGCCAAGGAGUACAACCUGAAGAAUCUGCGGACGAUCCAUCGGCUGGACCGGUUGACCUCGGGGCUGCUGCUGUUCGGGCGGAGUCCGAAGAAGGCUCGCCAAAUGGAGCACCAGAUCCGGAACCGCCAGGUGCAGAAGGAGUACAUUUGCCGGGUGGAGGGCGAAUUUCCAGAAGGCAUCAUCGAGUGCAAGGAACCGAUCGAGGUGGUGAGCUACAAAAUCGGCGUCUGCAAGGUUUCACCCAAGGGCAAGGAAUGCACCACCACCUUCCAGAAGCUCGGCUACAACGGCACCAGCAGUGUGGUUCUGUGCAAGCCUCUGACCGGCCGAAUGCACCAGAUCCGUGUACAUUUGCAGUAUCUGGGAUAUCCCGUGGUAAAUGAUCCGCUGUACAACCACGAGGUGUUUGGACCAUCCAAGGGACGAGGCGGCGACAUCGGCGGCAAAAGCGAUGAACAGCUGGUGAAGGAUCUGAUCAACAUUCACAACGCGGAAAAUUGGCUGGGAAUCGACGGCGAUUCGGAACUGUCCAUGUUCAAACCGAUGAAGAACGACUUGGAGGAUGGCAAAGGACCAAUUUUAAGCGACGACGACUCGGAAAGCGUGUCCCGCGAAGCAUCUCCCUGCUCGGAAAGCCCCCGGCCCGUGUCGUUGGGCAGCGAGAGUCCGAACGAGAACAUGUGUGCCUCGAUCCUGGCGCCCAACACGUUGAAUGUCGUCGGCAGUGCCAACACUGGCAGCAGCAAUAGCAGUUCCACCGCUCUCAACACCCGGCUGCAGUCGCAGAAGGUCACCGUUGCCACGCAAACUGGACACGAAUCGCCCGAUUUGGCAUUCAAUCCGGACAAGAUGACAACGGACAAGCACUGCUACGAGUGCAAGGUGCGCUACCGGGACCCGAAGCCGCAGGAUUUGGUCAUGUACUUGCACGCCUGGAAGUACAAGGGCCCCGGCUGGGAAUACGAAACCGAACUGCCCGAAUGGGCCCGUGUCGACUGGCACGAUAAUGACUUCGAAUGAAUGGCGUUGGUCAACGGCGCCUUCGGGCUACUGCUGGACGACUACGGGGAGAUUCACUGAAUCGCUCCCCCCUUGAUCCGUGACCAACCAACCAGCACCAGUAGUAGCGGCGACGGGCGUCCGUCUGGGCGUGCGUUUGUGUGCAGGGCACACGAAAAGCUAAAUAAUAGAAGAAACAAAACAGAACUAGAAACACUUAAGGAGCAAGCAAGCAACUGUGACCAAAACCCGAGUGUGAUUUGAACCUGUGUUCCGGAAAGUGAUCACAACUUUAUACAACGGUAGAAGCCAGCAGGCAGCAGAAUGAACAACUACACAAAAGAAAAGACAAAUAGCAGCCAAAGCUAAUUUGGCGACCAAAACUAAACAAUAACAAACAAAUAGUGAGGGUGGCUGCCAACGAACGGAUUUAUCAAAGGUUAAAAGGAAGGAGGCGAUGUUAGGAAACAGAGGAAACAUAAUAUUAGGUCUUUAAGUUUUAGGGUAUUUAGAGGCGAAGCAGACAGAAGACGUUAUGGCAUUAAGGACAUGCAUACAAAAAGGAAAACAAUUCAAGCAACAAGCGGCUAAAAGAGAACUAAUCUUUAGAGGAUGAAGUAGAUGCUACACAGAGAAGCGCUUCUUUUUAAACGCAAACAUUGUUGUGUUUUUUUUUUAUUCAAUAGCUAAGCAAGGUCUAUACACAGACACAGACACAGGCGUACGACAUAAGCUCUAGUAGAGGAGAGGCAAACAAAAAAGGACGAGGAAACGCAGCGGAAAUUAUGCAAAUUUUUGCCGUGCAAAAGUGCGCCCAGCGAGGAAGAAAACCGGGAAAUGAAUAUCACUUCGCAUUAACUAUUAAAGUAAGUGCUUGUUUCUGUUAGCUUUGCUGCUGCUGCUGCUGCAGGUCGACCCCGCUGCUGGCAGUAAGCUUUGCAUAACACCACACUAAUCCGUGGGUUCAACAUGGUUUUUAGCGAUCUGAGCGCACGGUGUUAUCUGCGAUUGGUCGGUCACACUUAUCAUCUUGUAGUCGCCGAUGUCUAUCUGUCUGAUUUGGGCUUCUUCUCACACGCACUUGUUCCGAACGCUGCCGAACCGUGGGUCGUUGUACCGAUCUACGGUUGCUCGGUGGAAAAUUGAAUAUUUAAUGGAUUAUUUAGAUUUCGCGCGACACGGUCCGCUCGAACCCGUGCUCGCAGCUUCAUUAGGACGGUUAUUAUUAGGUGAGAUUCGUUUUAUCCAGACAGAGCAAAUCAACCAAGCUGUUGCUUGGUUCUUUGCUCGGGAAGGAGGGACGUGCCGGAGGGAGUGAUGCGAAAACAUGCCGUCGAAAGUUGCGGUCGAAUCUGUCUGACAGGAACAUUAUUGUGUUGCUCGGAAUAUUUGUCCACACCGCGAAGUUUAUUGCGAGCAAUUUUAAUUAAAACGAAAUUGAAUUUUAAUAUCUAUGACCACCACCGGUGAGGAAUUAAUAUAAAUGUUGCGUUCGAUAGGCGGAGGGGAGGGGGGAGUUCGGGUAAAGGUGUCCGGACUAAUUUAUGUCAAUGAGAGUGGUGAAGAUUUUCAUUAAGUGGAAAUUGCGAGGCAGUUUGUGUAAAUUUUGUUCGUGCUCUGAAACAUUGGAUGGUGAGAGUUUUUGACAUAUUCAUUGUUACAUUGUGGCGAAUUUGAAUUAAAUCGCAAUGUUAUUAUUAUCAUGAAGAACCUGCGAAGAACAUGAAAUCAUUUUAUAGAAUAUUGGGAAACGGGCUUCUUUUUUAUUCUUCACAUGCUCUUCAUUUUUGCCUCCUGUAUUACCGUACGAUAGGCAACAAAGUGACGUAAACGUCAUUGUGACCAAUUUUCCCUUCAUUGCAUUUUCAUAUUCAGUGCAUCAAACUGUGCCUCUUAUCACCAUAUCAUUGAAAUUUGGACCAUUAUUUCAAUAGUAAAAUUUCAAAUAUCCGGAUCUGCUUACGAAAACAAAGAUUCAAACGUCAAACGUGAUGUGUCAACAUCAUCUUCAGGUAGGGUGAAGUUUCCCUGCCAUUAUGGUGGUGACACAUUGACGUUUGAAUCUUUGUUUUCGUAAGCAGAUCCAGCUUUUAGAAGAUCCUGGCUUUUCUAUAUCUUGUUCUUGAAAGUUUUCCAAGCCUGUCAUGUCGUAUUCCAGGUUGAACAAUUUUCUUAAUUUGAUUGCCUUACAGAUCUCGUUUUUUUAGUACCAGUAUCAGUGCUGCAAAAUCUCGACAAUAUACGGUGAUAUUGACAAUUCUGCUUUGGUCACUCAUUUGAGCUAACAGUCAUAGUCAAGGCAAACCAUGUCAAUUGUCAAUGACAAUGCUGUCAGUGACUAACAUGAACUAAAUUUGUAGCGAAAUUAAAUGACUUGAGCAACACAAUUACAUGGAGCCGUUAAAGUGAACAAGCAUCUACGUCUGGAACUGCUUGGAUAACAAUAUUGUGACACAGAAUGCACGAAAUUAUACUUGUUGUUACCUGGUGAAUCUUUGUCAUUGACGAAAAAAUGAAUAGAUUUUGACGAAAAACAUUAUUUGAGGAUCAAAUCUAAAUGGUUCAAAAAAAAAAUCCUUGAAUCGAACAAUUUUUUUCAUGAUAAAGAUUUUGAGGGGAGACACCAGCCGAGAUCUCUAAAAAAGGGGUUUUUAUUGAUAUUUUUUUAGAACACUAGAAUAAAUGCUAUCACUUUGGGUCUUUAGUAUGUUAUUGCAACAUUUCAGCUUUUUUUUUUCGAAAAUUUUCAACCAAAAAUAUUAGUUUUUCCGCUGUUUUCAGCACUGUAACCAGACCAAUUAUCAUUGCGAAAAUAGUGGCGUUCGAAAACAAAAGUUCGAUUUUUCGUUGAAAAAAUCGCUACUCAAACCACUAAAAAAAUCGAAAAGUUGGAAUAUCCGAAAAACAGAAGAAUCAGCCACAUUGAUCGAAUAAUCUCCGCGAUCCCUGUCUCGCAAACUAAAACAAUUUGGUUUCAAGAAAAGGGCUGCCAACAGUGGAAAAUAUCCGGAAAUAAAGCUGAAAUGUUACUCAAUAACAUACUGAUAACCCGAAGUGAUUGCAUUAUUCUAAUGGGCUAAAAAUGGUAAAAAAAAACACCUUUUUUAGAGAUCUCAACAGGUGUCCCCUCUUAAGUCCUAGACGUAAAAAAAAAUCUAUGUCCGUGAUUUAUGCAUCAUUACACUCAAAAAAAUUAUCACAUAUCUAAUGGAUGAAAUCCAUGUGAAUUUCACAUAGCUUUCCUGUGAUAACAUAGCAGCAAAUCCCACCACAAAAUCACAUGAAUAUUAUGAGGCCGAUGAAAUUCAGUUGCAAAAUCACAUAAAUUUAAUGGGAUCGCAUAAAUGUUAUGUGAAAUUCAGAUGAAUUCCAUUAAUUUUGAUUAUGGAUGAAAAUCAUGUGCAUUUCUAAUGGAAGGUACAUGCAAACUUUUUUCGGUGUAUGACUUUCAAUUCUUUUCACUAACACUCUAUCGCCGCUCUUUCGAUUUGUUUAAUAUGCUUUAUGUCCCGUUUUCGUUACCUGUUUUAAGAUAAAUAUGUGGAUGGAAGAUAAAUUAAACAUAUUACGUGUAAUUGUCAGGUGUUUUCACGUGACAAAUGCUUUAAAUCUAUAUUUUCAGUUUCCGUCAUGAAACCUCGUUGAUGUGUUUCAUGAAAGACGAAACUAUCAAAGUCGAGCGGUCUUUCACUCGGCCGCUUCACCGAAGCUAGAAAAAAGGACCAACGAAGCGACGGUAGAACGGUAGACAAGCGAUUGAAAAUUAGUUUGUAGACGGCGAGGGGGGCGACACAUCUAAAUUCCAAUUCUAGAUCCUAAAAAAAAUCUCACACUAGCGAAUCAAUCUUCAAAAAAUCUUCUCGCAUCUACUUGCAUCUACUUGCAUCGUGCAUCAUCUUUUUGCCGGAAAUCUUCAGAAUCGUCAUCAAUCUUCUUUCAAUCUACUCAGCGUGCGCACAGCUAGCCACAUUGAAACACAAUCUUUCCUGCAUCGUAGAAAGAGUCGUCCCUCUCGGUAGAAGCCAAUUGAGGUUCUAGAAUGGUGCGAAGCUGUUCGACUUCAACAGAAAAAGAAAGCUAGCAGUUUCUUUGUCGCAUUGAUUUUGUGUCGAUGUAAGCUGAUAUUGUGACGUCCUGAUCGAAAUGACGGCUGAGACACAGUUGAAGAGAAUAAAGGCGUACUAACUAAAAGCUACAAGAACAAUAGCUGCAAUUUCCAAACCUACGACUAGAUGCCUCCCUUCAGAUGAUGACUUGAGUGCGGUAAAAAUCGAUAGAACUUUUUCCAACACAUCGUAGGUAUAGUCGCUAUAUUCAAAGUCUGGCGAAUAGAAUUUCGAUUUAUCAAAUAGCGGAACCAAUUCAAUAUAUUGUAGAACAACAAUUGAGAUGGUACUAUCAACUUUUAUAAACAAAACGUUGAUUAUUCUUUCCUCGCCAAUAGAACGCAAAUUACCAGCAUAAUCGGAUAAGGGAAACUUUUCCCAACCCAAAGAUGGUAUUAAUUUGCGUAGGCGAGUCUUGAGUCACGAGAAAAGGUGUUGGUUAAUCGGUCCUUACCUCCAUCGAUAUUCGGCAGUGGAGAUGAUCCGCCGUCUCCAACACUGAUUGGGAAACACCGGUUGGCUUAAUACCGCCAGUGUGUUGCUGCUGAUGGCGUUUUUGGGAGGAGUGAGGUUGCGGGGAAUCCAAUUGCUUACUGGUUAAAAUGGGGUCACAGUCCUUCCAAUGUUGGUCCGGAUACUUCUGGCUUCAACACUAAACAAACACUCGCGGGUUGGGGUUUAAAUUAAAAAAUAAAUUGGGUUUUAAUUUAAAUUCUGGGGGUCUUACUCUCGUACAAAAGGGGUUCCGAAGUUUUGUUCGCAAUAGCUGAUGUGCUCUUUUUUGUUGUUGGUCGCGAUUUGCUCGAUUGGUUCCGCUAUUUGACAGCUCAAUUGGCUCCCGAGAUUCUAUCCGCCAGACUAUGAAUAUAGCGACUAUAAUCGUAGGUACAUGAGCAAAUUGGUGAUCAGCUCUUGUUGCCAGUGGUGGCGGGAGGGGAGUUUGGUAAAGAGAGAUGAUCAACUCGAUUCGUACCUUCCUCAAAGUUGUCCUUGCUCGCUUUCUGCUCCCUUUAUACAAUUUUCACACUGCCGUACUCUAACGGAACUAUCAACUCUAUACUUUCAUCUCCUCCAUCUAUCAUACAAAAUUACCACUCUAGGUCUGUUAUUUGACGCUUAGAAUCUUCUACUAUAUAAAAGUUCAUGUUCUACGAUUUUUGUCAGCUUUCAAGUUUCCAUGGCUUUGAACGUUCCAA